GACAACGGCAACGCCAAGGCAAGAUGCUGCAAUUGGGCAAGGUCAGGACCUUGCACUGAAGAAGCCCGGGGGGCGCCGCAGCCACCUCCCUCCUCCCAGCCCGCCUUGAGGAUUUGUCUUUUGUUUAUUGGUAUAUGCUCGGGAAACAGCAAGCAGGGGCGACGGCGUUGGGAGCUAUGCCUGUUCCAGACCAGCCAUCGUCUUCUGACAAGACAAGUUCCCUUAGCCCUGUACUGAAUACAUCCAAUGGAGAUGGAUCUGAAACAGAGACCACAUCCGCCAUUCUGGCAUCAGUCAAGGAACAAGAGUUACAGUUUGAAAGGCUUACACGAGAACUUGAAGCUGAACGCCAGAUUGUAGCCAGCCAGCUGGAGAGAUGUAAACUUGGAUCUGACACUGGAAGCAUGAACAGCAUUAGUUCAACUGAAGAACAGUUUCACUGGCAAACCCAAGAUGGUCAGAAGGAUAUAGAAGAUGAGCUUACAACUGGUCUUGAACUUGUGGACUCUUGUAUUAGAUCACUGCAAGAGUCAGGAAUUCUUGAUCCACAGGACUAUUCAACUAGUGAAAGGCCCAACCUUCUAUCCCAGAGUGCACUUCAGCUCAAUUCCAAACCUGAAGGGUCUUUCCAGUAUUCAUCUAGCUACCAUAGCAACCAGACCCUUGCCCUCGGUGAAACAGCAACAUCACAGCUGCCAGCCCGCAGCAAUCAAGCCAGAGCUGCUAUACAGAACUAUAACCAGGGCACCACCGGCCGGACAGCCCACCUCGCCACCUCGGAGCCGCCGCCGCCGCCCCCUCAGUCGCAGCCGCUGCCCAGGGAGUCCUUCGCCCCGAGCCAUGGGAGCGCUUUCCACUUGCCGGACUCCUCGUCGUCCUCGCAGCAGCAGCAGCACUCGCCGGCCCUCUACUACUCGAGCUCCACGUUGCCGGCGCAGAGAGUGAGCUCGCCCUUGUCCAUGCAGCAGGUGGGCUCCCCGACCAAGCUCCAGCGGGCGGGCUCAGCCUCGGAGAGCGCGGCCGCCGCCGGCUACAGCACCACGCAGCGCGUCUCCUCCCCCAAGCAGUCGCCCAGCCGCCUCGCCAAGUCCUACAGCACCAGCUCGCCCAUCAACAUCGUCGUCUCGUCGGCGGGGCUGCCCCCUUCCCCGAUCCGGGUCACUUCCCCGCCCACCAUCCAGUCCAACAUCUCCUCCUCCUCGCCCAUCCAUCAGCUCAGCUCCACCAUCGGCACCUACGCCACGCUCUCGCCGACCAAGAGGCUGGUCCACCCUUCCGAGCAGUACAGCAAACAUUCCCAGGAACUGUAUGCCACGGCCACCCUGCAAAGACCUGGCAGCCUCGCAGCUGGAUCCCGGGCUUCUUACACCAGCCAGCAUAGCCACUUGGGCUCUGAGUUAAGGGCACUGCAGUCUCCAGAGCACCACAUAGAUCCUAUUUACGAAGACAGAGUAUAUCAGAAGCCCCCUAUGAGGAGUCUCAGCCAGAGUCAGGGGGACCCUCUUCAACCAGCACAUACAGGCACAUAUCGCACUAGCACAGCCCCAUCUUCCCCUGGUGUCGACUCCGUACCCUUACAGCGCACAGGCAGUCAACACGGCACACAGAAUGCAACAGCGACCUUCCAGAGGGCCAGCUAUGCAGCAGGCCCAGCCUCCAAUUACGCAGAUCCUUACCGACAGCUGCAGUAUUGUCCUUCUGUUGAAUCACCAUACAGCAAAUCUGGACCAGCCAUCCCACCUGAGGGAACCUUGGCUAGGUCACCUUCAAUUGAUAGCAUUCAGAAAGAUCCCAGAGAGUUUGGUUGGAGAGAUCCAGAACUUCCAGAGGUUAUUCAGAUGUUACAGCAUCAGUUCCCCUCAGUACAGUCUAAUGCUGCUGCUUACUUACAGCAUCUCUGCUUUGGUGACAAUAAAAUAAAAGCUGAGAUAAGAAGGCAAGGUGGAAUACAGUUACUGGUGGACCUGUUGGACCAUCGAAUGACAGAAGUCCACCGUAGUGCCUGUGGAGCUCUGAGGAACUUGGUGUAUGGGAAGGCCAAUGACGACAACAAAAUUGCUUUGAAAAACUGUGGGGGUAUUCCAGCACUAGUACGAUUACUCCGCAAGGCAACAGAUUUGGAAAUCAGAGAACUGGUCACAGGAGUUCUCUGGAAUCUGUCCUCUUGUGAUGCACUAAAAAUGCCAAUUAUCCAGGAUGCCCUUGCAGUGUUGACCAAUGCAGUGAUCAUUCCUCAUUCAGGAUGGGAAAACUCCCCACUCCAGGAUGACCACAAAAUUCAGCUUCAUUCAUCACAGGUGCUGCGCAAUGCCACUGGGUGCCUAAGGAAUGUCAGCUCUGCUGGAGAAGAAGCCCGCAGAAGAAUGAGAGAGUGUGAUGGACUUACUGAUGCAUUGCUGUAUGUGAUUCAGUCUGCUCUAGGAAGCAGUGAAAUUGAUAGCAAGACCGUUGAAAACUGUGUGUGCAUUUUAAGGAACCUCUCGUACAGACUCGCUGCAGAAACAUCUCAGGGACAGCAAAUGGGAACUGAUGAACUUGAUGGUUUACUUUGUGGUGAUGCCAAUGGAAAAGAUGCAGAAAGUUCAGGAUGCUGGGGCAAGAAAAAGAAGAAAAAGAAAUCUCAAGAUCAGUGGGAUGGAGUAGGUCCUCUCCCCGACUGUGCAGAACCACCAAAAGGAAUCCAGAUGCUGUGGCACCCAUCCAUAGUCAAACCCUACCUCACACUCCUCUCUGAGUGCUCAAAUCCAGAUACGCUGGAAGGGGCAGCAGGUGCACUACAGAAUCUGGCUGCAGGUAGCUGGAAGUGGUCAAUCUAUAUCCGCGCUGCCGUACGGAAAGAGAAAGGCCUGCCGAUCCUGGUAGAGCUCCUUCGAAUAGACAAUGAUCGGGUAGUAUGUGCGGUUGCAACAGCUUUACGGAAUAUGGCCUUAGACGUCCGAAAUAAAGAGCUAAUAGGCAAGUAUGCCAUGCGGGACCUGGUUCACCGGCUUCCAGGAGGUAACAACAGUAACAGUUCAGCAAGCAAGGCCAUGUCUGAUGAUACCGUUACUGCUAUUUGUUGCACCUUACAUGAAGUCAUUACAAAAAAUAUGGAGAAUGCCAAGGCCUUACGGGACGCAGGAGGAAUCGAGAAGCUUGUUGGCAUUUCCAAGAGUAAAGGAGACAAGCACUCACCAAAAGUAGUGAAGGCAGCAUCUCAGGUCUUAAAUAGCAUGUGGCAGUAUAGAGACCUGAGAAGUCUCUACAAGAAGCGGGUGGUCCCAGACUUCAGAGUGGCUGAGGACAGAGGAUUUUCACCUACCCAUCAUUCUGAGUCAUGGAACGCUCAGCAUACCCUCUCCCAGAAUCAAGAAACCAGAAUCUAUUCCCAAACCCAGGAUGGAUGGUCACAGUAUCACUUUGUAGCCUCAUCGUCAACAAUAGAGAGGGAUCGGCAAAGGCCGUACUCUUCAUCACGCACACCUUCCAUCUCUCCAGUGCGCAUGUCUCCCAACAAUCGUUCAGCAAGUGCCCCUGCCUCACCUCGGGAAAUGAUCAGUUUGAAAGAAAGAAAAGCAGACUACGAGUCAACUGGAACAAAUGCUACUUACCAUGGAAAUAAAGGAGAGCACACUUCUAGGAAAGACACAAUGACAGCUCAGAACACUGGAAUCUCUACUUUGUACAGAAAUUCUUAUGGUGCACCUGCUGAAGAUAUUAAACACAACCAGGUUUCAACACAGCCAGUUCCACAGGAGCCCACUAGAAAGGAUUACGAACCAUAUCAGCCAUUUCAGAAUUCAACAAGAAACUAUGACGAGUCCUUCUUUGAGGACCAAGUGCAUCACCGUCCACCUGCAAGCGAGUACAAUAUGCAUCUGGGACUCAAGUCCACCGGCAACUACGUCGACUUCUAUUCAGCUGCCCGGCCCUACAGUGAACUCAAUUAUGAAACAAGCCACUAUCCAGCAUCUCCGGAUUCCUGGGUUUGAGAUUUGGGCAAGAAAAAAAAAAAAGCUCCAGGAACUGUGCAUGUGCAUGCAUACCACGAGACAUUCUUUUCCUGCAAAUUUAGUUUGUUAAAGCCUGUUCCAUAGGAAGGCCCUGAUAAUCAGUGUGGAAAAAUUAAGAUACUUUAGAUGGCUAAAAGGAUUGGAAGUUAAGCACGGGAGUGUCAUUAGCAAGGGAGAAAUGUAUAUCUAUUUCUGUAUCUAUAUAAUCCUGUCUCUCUCUUUAUAUAUAGAUAUAGAAAUAUAUUGUGGGGGGGGGGACAACUAUACAGUUGACCUUGUAUGUAGAGUUUAAAAACAAAUAGUGCUGUACAUUGAAUGUGGCUGAAGGCAAUGGGAAGGUAGAACAGCCGAAGUGCGUCCGGAGUUAAGCACAAGAAAAUGAACAGUUUACAAACCUUACGGGGGACAGCUUCUCACACUUUGUUUCCUCUCCUCAUCCAUUGUGAAUCUAGGCUUCAAGUUGCAUUUGGGGUUUCCUCUGUACAGCAAGAUGUUUCUUGCCUUUUGUUAAUGCAUUGUUGUAAAGUAUUUGAUGUACAUUACAGAUUUAAAAGAGAGAGAGAGAGAAAGAGAAGUGCAUUGUGUAUAUUACACCAAUGCCACAGUGUUUCUUCAUCUAUGGUUCUAAAUAUUGCUUCAAUUUCAAAACUUUGAAAUAUGUAUGAAUUUCCAGGGGCGAGGGAGGGAUUGUUUUUUUAUUAUUAUUUUUUCUUUUCUUUUCCCCAGUGCGUUUUAACAAGAGAAACAAAAACGGAAUAUUUAGCAGUAUUGUUCGUUCUGAUAUGUGAAUUUGUUUGUGGCAACUAAAAAAAAAAGGCAUUCAGCAAUUUCUGACAAUUAACAUUCAUCAUUCCACACUCCUUGUCAACGAAGUGCUUUUUCACUGCCUAAAAUUUUAGAUGUAGAUAUUUGAAAUAGAUUUUUUCAUUUAUACCAGUUUUCUUUAUGAUGAUACAGUGUUAAAAGAAAAUAAAUUACAAUUGAUCUGUCAUCCAUAUUUGCUAAGAAUGUCUAUUUCCAAGAAUCCUCCAUCCAAAUACACAUUCUUGCUUGUGGGCGUAUGUUUGUGUGUAUGUCUCCAUGUAUGCUUAAUAUUCCGUGUGUAUGUUUGUGUAGCAUAAACAAUGUUCCAUCUCAGUGUUGCCAGACAUAAGAGAAUUCUCAUCUAUGUAUGAGAAUCUAGGGGCUCCUUCAUUUGCACGCCUGUACACAAAUAAAACAGGCAUUCCAGCUUGCUCAAUGCAGCAAUAAUUCUGCUACCAACUGUUUUGGAGGAGGGCAACACAGUAGCAGUUCCUAACAUCUCAAACAAAAGUGAGAUUGGGAGAGUGUGCCAGAUGGCUGGAG